AUGGGCAACCUCUCAAUCCAUCUUACCAGAUUGUACCUUGGAGGAAAUCAGAUAUCUGGAACCAUGCCUGUUGAAUUUGGAAAUUUUAUCAACUUAAAUGUAUUGGGGAUGGAGGCAAACCUGUUCAUGGGUACAAUCCCCGACUCUAUAGGAAAACUUCAAAGGCUACAAAGGGGGGUGGCAACUGAGUGGAAACAAAUUAUCAGCUUCCCUCCCACUGAAAUUCAGUUACUUGAAAACCUUGGAGGUAUUGGACAUCUCUGGGAACAAAUUAUCGGGCAAAAUUCCAAGCACAAUUGCCUAAACUUAUCUUUCAACAAUCUUGAGGGCGAGGUACCAAUCGGAGUCUUUGGCAAUGGAAGUGAAAUUUCAGUUGUCGGAUACAAGCAGCUUUGUGGUGGAAUUUCUAGCUUGGAUUUACCAAGAUGCAAAACUCAAGAGCCAAGAACACACAGAAAGUCCCUUAUGUUAAAACUUACGCUCCCGCUAGUUGGUGCAUUGUCACUUUUAGCCCUGCUAACAGUAAUUCUUGUUUUCAAUUGUACAAAGGAGUCAAGAAAGAAGCCAUCUAUAGCCUCUUCCUUUGCUGCACUCUAUUUCAGGACUUCCUACGAAGAGCUCUUUAAGGCGACAGAUGGAUUUGCAUCAGAAAACUUAAUUAGCAUGGGUAGUUUUGGAUCUGUGUACAAAGGAGUUAUCCAUCAAGAAGAAACGCCGAUUGCUGUGAAGGUAAUCAACCUUCAACAAAGAGGAGCUGCCAAGAGUUUCAUGCUCGAGUGUGAAGCAUUGAGAAAGAUUAGGCAUCGGAAUCUUCUCAAGAGCUUAACUUCAUGCUCAAUCAUUGACUUCAGAGGUUAUGAUUUCAAAGCACUAGUUUUUGAUUUCACGCCUAAGGGGAGUUUGGAGAAGUGGUUGCACCACCAAGGCACACAAGGACAGCCGUUAGGGUGUUUUGAGUUUUAUUCAAAGACUCAACGUAGUGAUUGA